CAAGUUGGCGCAUUUCCAUUUUAUUUAUUGUUAUUGUAGUUUGAUUGCUCGAAAUAGUAAAUGGCAGCAAAAGUUUAUUUAGUUUGUUUGUAGCUUAAAGUGAAGGUUGCCUGCAUGGAGUUGCAGCUGAAUUUGGCGCUUGAGCGAAGUUGCCCUGGCGCUGUCAAAGGCAACUACAAAAUUUGAAUACAAAUUUGAAUACAACAGAAAAUUUUAGUAACAUAAUUCAGCAAGCAAAGCGAUGUCGGAGUUGAGCCACAGUCAUAGCCACAGCGACAAUGAUUCGCGUUUAAGCGGCAAAAGCAGCAGCAGCAGCAGCAGCGGCAGCGUCAGCGUCAGUUCGCCACGCAUUCGCUCGCUGGCGCGUCUGGAUCGCUUGCUACGCCGCUGGCUGCCAGGCUACAAUUAUUUGCGUGGCGCCAGCAGCAAUCACAGCAGUCGAAGCAGUCGAAGCGGCAGAAGCAGCAGCAGCAACAAUUGCAAUGCCAUUGGUAAUGGCGUCACUCGCGCUAGCGAACAGCCCAGACCAGUGAGCAGGCCCAGCGUGCAGUGUGAGCAGCAAGUGGUGGAGUCACCAGCACUUCAAGUGCGUCCACGCAGAGCUGGCGAAGUCUAUUUGGAUACGGGCAUUGCCAAGACCGAGUUCUGUCUGCAGCUGGAGAAGCUGCUGCGCGCCAAGCUGCUGGUCAAGGAUUUGCGUUUAGUGAAGUCGCCGCCACAGCCGAACAAAUUGCGUGCGGAGGAGUAAGCCAAGCCACCAAAUGCAAGUUCCAAGCCCCAAGCACAACUUUCUUCAACUUUUAGCGCAUGUCCCCACACACACAAAUUUGCAGUCAAUAAAUUUAAGUUUCGAUA